AAGAAAAAAGAGAGUACCUAUUCAGAUGGGAUACACACAACACGUAUAUCGACCGGUAUACGGAACUAAAUCGCAAACAAAAUCGGGGCGCAGAGUCUGCUGAUAUCAACUAAAUCGCCGUCAAGUGAAGAACUGAGUUUUUGGAACAAUGGAGAAGAAAACAAAUUUACCGAAGCAGCCAAGCGCAAAGCGAACACAAUAUCCGAUUGGAUCCGAACAAUAUACAGUCUAUGAAGAAAUAGGGAAAGGAGUUAGCGCUUUGGUUCAUCGCGCUCUUUGUAUUCCUCUCAAUGAGAUCGUUGCAAUCAAAAUCCUAGAUUUCGAGCGUGAUAAAUGUGAUCUGAACUCUGUGUCACGGGAAGCACAAAUAAUGGUCCUGGUUGAUCAUCCCAAUGUUCUUAAAUCAUACUGCUCCUUUGUCUGUGAUUACAAUCUAUGGGUUGUCAUGCCUUACAUGGCUCAAGGUUCCUGUCUCCACAUACUGAAGUCUGCUUAUCCAGAUGGUUUUGGAGAGGUUGUCAUUGCGACAAUUCUACGUGAAGUGCUAAAGGGUUUAGAAUACCUUCAUGAUCAUGGCUACAUUCAUCGGGAUGUCAAAGCUGGAAAUAUUCUCAUUGAUUCACGUGGUGGAAUAAAGUUGGGAGAUUUCGGUGUAUCGGCCUACAUGUUUGAUUCAGGUGACAGGCAGCAUAUGCGGAAUACAUUUGCUGGAACUCCUUGUUGGAUGGCACCGGAGGUCAUGGAGCAAGUGCAUGGUUACGAUUUCAAAGCUGAUAUUUGGUCUUUUGGCAUAACUGCUUUAGAGCUUGCUCAUGGACAUGCUCCUUUCUCAAAAUACCCUCCAAUGAAGGUGUUGCUAAUGACAUUGAAAAAUGAACCUCCACGCCUUGAUUCUGAGAGGGACAGGAAGUUCUCGAAGUCCUUUAGGCAAAUGAUUGCUAGUUGCUUGGUAAAAGAUCCUUCAAAAAGGCCUACAGCCAAAAAGUUGUUGAAGCAUCCUUUCUUUAAAAAAGCUAGGUCCAAUGAUUAUGUAGCAAGAACAUUGUUGGAAGGCUUGCCAUCUCUUGGUGAUCGCAUGCAAGAAUUGAAGAGGAAAGAAGAAGAAUUGCUAGCACAAAAGAAGAUGCCAGAUGGGCAGAAAGAAGAAAUGUCACAGAAUGAAUAUAAACGUGGGAUUAGCUGCUGGAGCUUUGAUGUUGAAGAUUUGAAGGCACAGGCUUCCUUGAUUCCAGAUGAGGAAAUUAUUGGUGAGAAUGACCACGGGGGGAGUUCAGAUGCGCUCGCAGGAGUUGACAACCAAGGAAACCGGCUUCAAUAUCAGUUAUCUUCGCCAGAACUUCCAAAGCUUCAGUAUCAAGUCUCCUUUGGAAGUCAAAGUUCCGAUGCUACAGGAUUUGAUGGUAACAAUCCAUCUGCUCCUCCUUCGCCUGCUGAACGCACCAUGGAUUAUAGCAGACAUAAAACUGAGAAGUUUGAUGACGAUUUAAGCAUUGCUAGUCCAUUACAUGAUGCUCAAAUUUCUCAAAAUUCUUCUCCAUGCCAAGAGGAGAUGAAUUUUGUUGGAAAAGGUGAACAAAAGAUUCAUGCAGAAACAUUUGAGGGAAUUCCCAUAAAUACUUGUCAAAGUGAUAAAAGUUCAUCCCAAAAUGUAUCCAGUUGCAAUGUGGCUUUUCCUCAAACAGCUGAUGAUUUGCCAGCUGAAGUAUCUUGUAAACAUUCAAGAACUUCAGCCGGUAGCGGUGAAGAUUGUGAGGAGAAGACUAAGUAUCAAGUUGUUCAGCAGAAAGGACGAUUUAAAGUUACCUCGGAGGAAAAGGCGACUCCAGAAAAUCUGACUGCUACUCAACCAUUGCCGAGUGAUCCUACACCAGCUAAUCAUUCUUCCCAGUCCAUAUUCCCAGUGUUGCAGAAUGCUUUACAGGCAACUAUUAUUGGAAGAGAGAGUAUUCUUAGUGCAAUGAGGCAAGUGGCCGACUCCACAGCUAACCUUGCCAUGGAUGCAGGAUGUAAUCCAUCAAAUUCAGCUGGAGUAGAGAAAUCACUGUUGGAGGCAGCUCUUGACAGGGAGAGGGAUUUACAUCGUGAAGUUGCUGAUUUACGAUGGAGGCUCGAGCGUUCCCAGGAAGAGCUUCAAAAAUAUAAAACAGAAAACAAAAGCCCAAAGUGACAAAAAUUUGUGUGAAGUCUACAUCAAAGUGUAGGAGAUAACUGACUUUGUAAAUGAGAUACCAGAGUUAACAGAUUUAAAUUUCAUCCCACUUUUAGGGUGAAGGUAUGGGCUGCUUUCCAACUGAGUUCAACUCCAGCACUAGGGUUGCCUUUUCCCCCCUUUUUUUUAUACUUGUUUCUGCUUAUUCUUGUUUUACCAGGCUAAUUUGAGUACAUGUUGAAGUUUUAGAGAAUAUCAUUCUUGGUGAUAUUAAUUCAUAUUUCUAUUUAAAACCUUUA